AUGCUGGAUCUGCAGGAGUAUCAAGUUCAGGUGUGGCUCAAGAACCGCAGGGCCAAAGAGCGCAGGCUGCAGAGACCACCGCGCGGGCACAAAAGCCCUGGAGCCCAGCACGCUUUGCCCCAGGAACCAGGAGCCUGCGCCCCUCAGCCCGCGCCUGCGCCUGCGCCUGCGCCUGCGCCUGCGCCUGCGGACCCUGCCUUCCAGGAGGGCCUUGUGCUCCCUGCCAGCCCCGUGCUCCCUCCGCACAGCCCCUGGCAAGUCUUCCCAGCAGCAGAUGCCAGCGCCUCCAGCUACAGCCAGGCCUGCUGGCACCCCGCCCAGGGCGUCCGGGACAUGGUCCCCGCUGCACCUGCACCUGCACCUGCACCUGCUGCCGCUCCCGCUCCCGCUCCAGAUCCAGCUCCAGCCGAGGCCACAGUCUGGCCUCAGGUCCCGGAUGAUGAAGUCAAUGACGAAGACGACGCCGAAGCCGCACGGAAUGCCUCCCCAGACCCUGACUUCACAGAGCUGCUCUCUGCCCUAGAGGGCUUGGAGGAGCCCUUCUCCUCCCCCAGGCCCUGGUAUGUAUGA